UUUACAUUACGCUGACUAGUUUGUGUAGUGCAAGCACGUUCCCAAGCCGGGUUGCGGUAAAAGUUCUACAAAUAAUCAUUAGAUUUAGUUAUAUUUUUUGUAUGGUUUCACGUUUUAGUUCACGUUCCGAACGAGUGAUAAAACUGGUCAACUGAAUGUUACCGACAACUAAAUCUAAAAACAGAGCUUUAGUAAGAGCUCAUUGACAGUGUCUAUCCUUGAGUUCAGCUUUUUGGAUAUUAAGUCUCCACAUAAGGAGCAAUUCACUAACAGUUUUCUAGGACAAGAGCUCCCUAUUGCCAUGGCAGGAAGGGGCCGUGGAAUAGCUGCAUUUACCUUCAACAUUGAGGCUCUGGGCAUCGGUAGAGGCAGCAUGCCCGAAGCCAGGGUGGGGCCCAGCCCGUUGUUUCCAACUACUGAAUUUAAACCAGUUCCACUGAAAGCUGGUGAAGAUGAAGAAUACAUGUUGGCUUUAAAACAGGAGAUGAGGGGAACGAUGCAACGGCUUCCACAUAACAUCAAAAUCAAGUCCAGCAAAACAGAAGUAGAGAAAUACACAGAAAGAUAUCUGAAGCAAAGCCAGAUGGAUGAUGAGGAAUGGACUCCAGACUGGAACCUCUUUCCAAAAGAACUGAAGCCCCAAAGUAAAAAACCUCAAACAAAAACAGGCACACAGAAGAAAAAUAUGAAGAAAUCCCGCAAAGCUGCAGUAGAUGUUUUGAAUAAAUUGGAUGAACUGGCUAAGAAAGAUGACACAAACCCAGAUAAAUCAGAUGAUGAGACUGAGAAGAAAAAAGACAAUGAGGAUGAGGAAGAAAUUGAAGAGGAAGAAUAUGAAGAGGAUAUUGAAGAGGACAAUGACUACAUCGAAAGCUAUUUUGACAACGGUGAAGAUUUUGCUGCAGAUAGUGACGAGAACAUGGAUGGUGAAGCAACAUACUGAAGAAAGCAUGCACUACUUAACAAUCGAGAGUUUAUUAUAAGGAAGGAACAAUGGUUAGCAGAGUG